UCCAACUUGCUAAGGACAUCUCAAAGUAGUUUUAGUAUUCGCACACACAGUAACUAUGAGGCUAGGCUGGCUCCGAGGGUUAGCCCCUGUCAUGAUUAUGGCCACUGCCCUGCUCCUCUACAUUUCCUCCAUCAAACAUGAGAUACAUUCCCACGGAAAACACCUUCAGAGGGCCCACCUGAAUGACUCGGUCAGGAACCAACACAUUAUUAUGAGACUGGAGAGCAUGGAGGCUAACAUAAAUAAGCUGGUCAAGUCCCUCAAUAGCAUUGAUGUGAAAGCAGAACAGCCUGUGGAGCCUGCUAAGCACAAGGAGCAUAAGGUGGUUAAGAAGUUGUACCCCAACUCGUAUCUCUUCAACAAAUGGGGAGAAGAUCUGUCAGAGGAUGAGCAGAGGGAGGCUGAGGAGCUGUUUAAGAGAUACGGCUACAAUGCCUUUCUGAGUGACAGGCUGCCCUUGAACAGAGAUAUCCCAGAUACUCGUGAUCCAAGGUGUGCCCAGAGGAAGUACACUCAGGACCUUCCCACUCUCAGUGUAGUGUUGAUCUAUCUUGACGAGGCCUUGUCUAUUAUUAAGAGGGCUGUUCGCAGCGUCAUCGACAAAACACCUUCACAUCUGUUGAAAAGCAUUGUACUAGUGGAUGAUCACAGCUCCAAUGAGGACCUGAUGGAGAAGCUGGAUGUCUACAUCAUCUCCAUCAAUGAGGAACGUCCAGGCCUUCUGGUGAGAGUCAGACACUCUGAGCAGCUGGGGCUCACGCAGGCCAGACUCUCAGGCUGGAAGGCUGCUACCGGGGAUGUGGUAGCCAUUUUGGACGCCCAUAUAGAAGUCCAUUUGCAAUGGGCAGAACCUCUGUUGGCCCGAAUCAAGGAGGACCGAACAGUUGUGUUGACACCAGUGUUUGACAGAGUCAAUUUUGAUGACCUACUUGUGACCCAUUAUCACCCUUCAGCUCAUGCCUUUGACUGGGCUUUGUGGUGUAUGUACGAGAGUUUCAGACCAGAGUGGUAUGCUCUUAAAAAUGAGUCCCUUCCUGGAAAAAGCCCGUCAGUCAUGGGUAUUCUUGUUGCUGACCGAAUCUUCUUUGGGGAAAUUGGAGCACUGGAUGGUGGGAUGAAGAUCUAUGGUGGAGAAAACGUAGAGCUUGGUAUCCGUGUGUGGCUUUGUGGAGGAAGUAUUGAGAUCAUUCCCUGUUCGAAGAUUGCCCACAUUGAGAGGGCACACAAGCCUUACCUACCUGAUCUGACCAUUACCAUGAAAAGAAAUGCCUUGAGGGUGGCUGAAGUUUGGAUGGAUGAUUAUAAAACUAAUGUGAACAUUGCCUGGAAUCUCCCACCCAAGAAUCAUGGGAUUGAUAUAGGAGAUGUUUCGGAGAGGAAAGCUCUUCGAAAGAGGUUAAAGUGCAAGCCCUUCAAGUGGUACCUAGAUAACGUGUAUCCCGAAUUGGACUCCCUGGACCACCUGGUGGCUUAUGGAAUGGUAACUAAUAACCUGAAUCCAGACAUCUGCAUUGACCAAGGUCCAGUUCCAGGGACCAUUCCUGUAAUGUACGGAUGCCAUGGCUACUCUCCACAGUUCUGUUAUUAUAGGACUUCUGGAGAGAUCUACAUAGGGCUAAUUAAAUCCCACAAGUAUAAUAGUAACCGCUGUCUGGUGGACCCUGGCAUUGGUAAUGUACCAGGUCUCUAUGACUGCAAACUGGCUAAGCAAAAGGGCUUCAACAUGCUCUGGGACUUCAAACAGGGAAGCGCUAUCCAGAACCGAGACACACAGAGAUGUGUAGAACUUGUCAAAGGGAAAGAGGCCUACCACCAACUCCUCCUUCAGGCUUGUAGUGGGCAAAACUGGACCAUCCAGUAUGUAAUCAAAGAUUUUUAAAUGAUUGAGAUUGACUGGCUCACAACAUCAUGUAGGAUGAACAGGCUUAUUUUUAUUUUUUCACAAAACUGGAACAUUAACCUCAACUGCGAGUUAAAUAAUGCUGUUAAACGACGUGAGUCAAAGUGGUUGUAUAAGUUUGCUGCCACAAAAAAUGUGGAUGUUAAAAAGUAUGUAAAUGACAGUCUGUCUCUUGAUGUUCAAGUUCUAUAUUUGUUUUACUAAACUCAUAAGUGAAUAAAAAAAGUAUAAUGG